AGGUGAUGCUCUGUGGAAGCGUCCGUGUUCCAGCUGGGGAAACGGCGACUGGAUUCGCGGGAGGUGGUCAGAAUGCAACAUCCGUGGGAUUUAUUAUUUAGUCUCUUACUAUUAUGUUCAGUAAGUGCAGAAUCUGAAGAUCCAGAAGUUGAAGUAGAAAAUUUUGACCAAAGUUCAGAAGACACUAACACUGAGACAGGCAGAUCCUCCAUGGAGGUUGUAUACAAAACACCAGAGCCUAUAGGAGAAGUGUACUUUACUGAAACCUUUGAUGAUGCAAUAUUGUCUGGGUGGGUUUUAUCUCGGACCAAAAAGGAGGAUACAGAUGAAAAUAUUGCAAAGUAUGAUGGAAGGUGGGAAAUAGAACCAUUAAAAGAAAACACAGUGCCUGGUGACAGAGGAUUGAUACUAAAAUCAGUAGCAAAACAUCAUGCAAUAUCAACUAUGUUAACAAAGCCAUUUGUUUUUGAUAUUAAGCCACUGAUUGUUCAAUAUGAAGUGAACUUUCAGGAUGGCAUUGAUUGUGGUGGUGCAUAUGUUAAACUUCUAUCCAAAAGUGACGAUUUGGAUCUGGAAUACUUCUAUGAUAAAACAUCAUACACAAUUAUGUUUGGGCCAGAUAAAUGUGGAGAAGACUAUAAACUACACUUUAUCUUUAGACAUAAACAUCCUAAGACUGGGGAUUAUGAGGAAAAGCAUGCCAAACGACCUGACGUAGAUCUGAAAAAAAUUUAUACUGACAAGAAGACCCAUCUAUAUACCCUUGUGCUGAAACCUGAUAAUACUUUUGAAGUAUUAAUUGACCAAGCAGUUGUCAGCAAGGGAAAUCUCCUAGAAGACAUGAUUCCACCUAUAAACCCACCAAAAGAAAUAGAAGAUCCUAAUGAUAAGAAGCCUGAAGAUUGGGAUGAGAGACCUAAAAUACCUGAUCCUGAUGCUGUAAAGCCAGAUGACUGGAAUGAAGAGGAGCCUCCAAACAUAGAAGAUCCUGAUGCUGUUAAACCUGAAGGAUGGCUUGAUAAUGAACCUGAAUACAUUCCAGAUCCAAAUGCAGAAAAACCAGAAGACUGGGAUGAAGAAAUGGAUGGGGAGUGGGAAGCUCCACAGAUUCCUAAUCCAAAAUGUGAAGCUGCACCUGGUUGUGGGGUAUGGGCACACCCCAUGAUGAACAAUCCAAACUAUAAAGGAAAAUGGAAGCCUCCAAUGAUAGAAAAUCCGAACUAUCAGGGUAUAUGGAGUCCUCAGAAAAUUCCUAAUCCUGACUAUUUUGAAGAUACUCAUCCUUUUCAGAUGACUACUGUUGAUGCUAUGGGUUUAGAACUCUGGUCUAUGACAUCUAAUAUUUACUUUGAUAACUUCAUAAUAUGUUCAGACAAAGAAGUUGCUGAUCGAUGGGCAGCAGAUGGCUGGGGCUUUAAAAAAUUGAUUGCAAGUGCCAACGAACCUGGUAUGUUCAGCCAGUUGGUAACUGCUGCAGAAGAGCGCCCGUGGCUUUGGAUAAUUUAUAUCUUAACGCUGGCACUACCUAUAGGAAUGGGCAUAUUGUUCUGCUGGCCAUCCAAGAAAAUGGAUGAAGAUAUAGACUACAAAAAAACUGAUUUAGCUAAGCCAAUUACAAAAGGAGAACUAGAACAAGAGAUAUCAGAAAAGGAUGAAAUAAAAAAAAUCAGUGAAAAUAUUGGUGAAGGAGGUGGUGAAGAUGAUGAUUAUGAAGAAGAAAAUGACACUGCUGAAAGAAGUCAAGAGGAAGAGGAUAAUAAAUCUCACUCAGAAGAGGAUGAGAUGAGAGAAGCAGAUGAAAGCACUGGGUCUGUUGAUGGACCUGCAAAAUCAGUACGUAAACGAAGAGUUCGAAAAGACUAACACACUUCCAUCUAGUAUUAUUUAUGUUUCUAGUUACAGAAUCCAGUCAUACUGUUUUAACACUGGAACAGGGAUGGAGAUUAUUAACUCUUAAACAAAGACUGAACUCAGUUUGGAUUUUAAGUCCUAUUUUCCAGACCCUCUUUAUCUUGUCAGGUUUUUCAUUU